UUAUUGUUCGAAACCACCGGUUCGCAAAUAGCUGCACGAGUGCUUCCACUUAGCGUGUUUUUUUUUUGUAUGAUAGUAGUUUAACGUAGUUAAAAGUGGAAGCACUCGUUGCGUGCGUGCGAAAUUGUAAAUUGCGGACAGGACGUUGUAGGGUACCUUUCCAUGCAGGUAGUAAUUUCGGAUUUACGACCCUGCCCGUGAGCAAUCUCCCAACUCAUUUCUACCUUAUAGUGGCUGCUCUCAUCUUCUUUCUGUUUCGCGUAUUAAGACGAUGCGUGUGGCGUCAUCUUGCAAACUCACGCAAAAGCCACUCGCAACCUCCGCGAAGAGACGCCACUCGAACCUGAAUCAGUAGGUCCAUGAGUUUCCAAACGCAUCCGCCGGGCCAAGAAUAGCCCUUAGCACGCGAGUCUAUCGGGCGUGUAACCGAGCUGGCGACCGCUCGCGACCGCUCCCUCCAUAGUCCUGCCGAGUGUUUCCGAGUCCUCGAGGAAAGUUUGGCUGGUUCACCCUGGUCUCGGGCGUUCCGCAGCUGGCCCCUCGCCCUCGCUCUCCUCGUCGUAUAUGGCGUGUCUGCAGGGCCCCAGGUGUAGAGCCAUCGACGUCUGAGGAUCGUCCGAUCGAGGCUCCUCCCCCGGAGCACCCGAGCUCGUCGUCCAAGGCCCAAGCCCCAGCUCGUGGCCGAGAGGAAGGGCGCCCAGGCGCCCGGGAGAGCAUGUCUCUGGAGACGCGCUCCAGCUCGGCCCUCUUCAAGCGGGCCGAACAGCUCAAGCGCUGGGAGCAGUCCGAGACGAACCGAGAACCGGCGCAGCCCCGUCAGCUUCCCAGGAAGAUCAAGUUUUCCGCCGAUUGCGUCUUCCUCGCAGCCUGCGCCGCCGGCGACAAGGAGGAGGUUAUCAGGCUCCUGGAGAAAGGCGCCGAUAUUAACACCGGCAACGUCGAUGGGCUCACCGCCUUGCACCAGGCAUGCAUCGACGAUGACUUGGAUAUGGUCGAGUUUCUGGUGGAGCAAGGAGCGGACAUCAAUCGAGGAGACAACGAAGGCUGGACCCCGUUGCAUGCCACCGCAUCCUGUGGAUUCAUAUCCAUUGCCAAAUACUUAAUAGAACAAGGAUGUAAUUUGGCGGCAGUCAACAAUGAUGGCGAGCUUGCUCUCGACAUCGCCGAAAGCGAUGAAAUGGAGGACAUGCUUCAACAUCACAUUAACAAGGCAGGUAUAGACUGUGAUCAAGCCAGAAGCGAAGAGGAAAGGUCAAUGUUAAAUGACGCAAGGGCCUGGCGAUCAGGAGCACCGGGCAAGGACUCGAUGCAUCCGAGAUCCGGGGCCACGGCUCUGCACGUCGCCGCCGCGAAGGGUUACAUCAAAGUGAUGAACAUCUUGCUGCAGGCUCGGUGCGAUGUUAACGCUCAAGACUUUGACGGGUGGACACCUUUGCACGGUUCAGCGCAUUGGGGCCAGUUGGAAGCCUGCAAACUCCUCGUGGACAAUUUCUGUGAUAUGGACAUUAAGAAUUAUGCGGGCCAAACCGCGUUUGAUAUCGCUGAUGCGGAUAUUCUGAAGUCAUUGGAAGAAUUGAAGAAGCAACAGCAAGCUAUGCUGAAAGAUCAUCCGCAAAUCAUCAACAAGAAGCUGCCCACAGUACCAAAGAAACGCGUAUCCACAAACAAUGAGAAUGUCGUUACCGAUCAAGAAGGAGUUGAGAUAUUCGAGGAAGAGACUCCAAAUAAGGUGAAGAAAGUCGAGCUGGAAAUUCAAUCGGACAAGGAAGAUUCGAGCACGGCUACCAAUAGCGACGUCGAGAAGAAGAACAGGGUGAACAGAGACGAGACAGCGGUGCAUAGCGUGCCCUCACCCACAGAGACGAAUAAAGUUCCUAAUCAGGCUCCCGUACUGCCGCCGAAACAACAGACUGAAAACAAUGAAGAUGGAGCUAUUCCGCCCUGGCGACGACCGGGCUCGUUUAGAAAUAGGACGCAAGAAGUUGAUCCUGCCAAUUCCUUGUCUACCAGAAUAGAGGAUAAAGAAAAACCUACGGCGAAGUCUCCAACGUCGCCGAACAAAUCGAGCGGCGAGUCCGAAGUUGUGCUUCGGAGAGCGCAUAGCUUCGAAACGGACGAAAAGUUCUAUGAGCAGUACAUGGCAUUACAAGCCCGCAUCAAGGCAUCCUCCUGCCCUACUCUCCAUUGCUGCAAUUCAGCUACUCCCACUCAUACCAACGCGACGACUACUCGCUCUGCGUCCCUACGCGAGACCCACAGAAAAAAGGAAGUUAAGCUAAAUUUGGAACUGUCAAGAGUGCCGCAGGGUGGUAACGCACUGUCGCCGACGAGUGUACCUAAUAAGUUGUUGCCCUCGACCACGCAGCCAACUAGUACCUCAGCUACUUCCACUGCCACCGUAACUACGACCUCUAGCCCGGUACCAGCCAAUCAGAUUCGCAGUGUUCAGUCGGUGGAAGCAACGGCAAUCUUGUCGUCGGCGAACAAUGCCACGUCGACGCCGGUGACGCCUACGACGCCCGGCGGUAGCAAGCUCAGUCCAGGAAAUCUCUUCAAGAAUUUCUUCAAAUCUUUCGUGCCGCCUGUUCGUGACGAGGAAAGCGAGACUCAGAGAAAGGCUCAUGCAAAGCGUGUCAGAGAAACGAGACGAUCUACCCAAGGGGUCACCUUGGACGAGAUCAAAAGUGCGGAACAACUUGUCAAGAAGAAGCAACAACAAAAUAACGAAUCACCCUCUGCAACACCAGUUUCUGUACAGCCUGCAGCUUCUGUCAGCAAUACGGCCUCGAUCACAGCUACGAUAACUACCGCUACGCCUACGACCGUGACAGCAAACAAAUAUGCUGAGGAGACUAAUUUGCCUGAGAGACGGCCCUCUUGGAGGCUAAGGGUAGAUAACGGAAGCAAGUUUCAGCUGGAGGACGCGAAUAAUAGGUCCACGGACACCGCUACCGCUUACAUCCGACGACCCUCCGGAGGAACCGGAGCACCUAGACCGAGCUCGGCUCCGGUCGAGACUAUCGCUUCGAGCACUGCCGAGACCACGGUCACCCUACCUCUUAGACGGCCGCUCAAGCCUCCCGAAGAUAAAGAACAAGAUAAAGAAAACGACAGCAGAAAUGCCCAGGCGACGCAGGCGGUUAUUCAGAGGAGACGAAGACCCAAGAGAAGAUCAACCGGAGUCGUUCACGUCGACAUGGAUGAAAUCGACCCGGAUAAGCAGGACGUCUCGGCCGGUGGAGACUGCGACGAUGCCAAGGUCAACCACACCGAGAGCGGAGCCGAGCGGUCGGGCCGGUCCAGCAGACUCGGCUCGUCCGCGUCGUCGGUCGCCUCCGAGGCGGCCUCGACGGCCGUCCAGAAGGCGAGCAAGGCGGCGACCCUGACCGCGGAGAACGGCGAGCUCGAUUACAAGAAGCUCUACGAGGAGUCCCAGGCCGAGAACGAGAGGCUGCGGGAGAAGCUGCGCCGCUCGGACGAGCAGCUCAAGGAGGCGCGGACCUCGCUGGAGAAGGUCCAGGCCCUCCGGAACAAAACCUCCCCGUCCGAGGCCGAGAAGCGCGAGAGGAGGGCCAUGGAGCGCAAGCUCUCAGAGAUGGAGGAGGAGCUCAAGCAAUUGCAAAAGCUCAAAGCCGAAAAUGAGAGAUUGAAAGCCGAAAAUCGGGCACUUACCCGCGUCGUAUCCAAACUCACCAAUACUACUAAAUAGGUGAUGGAACAGCUGAAGUGCGAGAAUCAGAGGCUAAAGGACGAAAACGGUGCCUUGAUCCGAGUGAUCAGCAAGCUGUCCAAAUAACUCCGGUGAUCCCGACCGACGAGCGCACCGUCUCUUAUUUAAGCUGUAUCAUUACAUACGAUUAAUAUUAAUUUUUAAUUAUGCAACAUUACUACGCCGUAACUGCAUACUAUUACAUUUACUAUGCCGCCUCUAUAUUACAGAUGGAUUGACAUUUGUGUUUAGUAAGUUAAUUUAUUGCGACCGCAGAUAUCAGUUACUCCUCGUGGCUGUGCCAAAACGCGUGAGUCGGGACUAUGCCGCCUCCACUUGUUGUUAUUUUUGUUCCCUUUUUCAAUUGUUAAUAUAUCGAUGCGAACGGCCUAGAAUUAUCGUCAUCCGAAGAUUCGUAGAGACUUUUUUUUUUCUUUAUUAUUUUUUUUUCUUUUUUUUUUAUCGACGUUGACAAUAUCGAGCUUCGCGGGAGUCAAGAUUGCAGUUUUUGAGCCUUGAUCGGGGGGCCCGUUGUUAAACUUACCACUGUACUUUCUGCUCCUUAUGGCGAAUUUUCUCUAUAUCCGCUAGGAAAUGUUCGACCUUGCAUUACCCUCUAUUCUUGUAGGGAAUACAUUUAUGCUUCUUGUAACGAGGUUCCGUUCGCCGUGGAGCAGAAAGUGCGGUCGUGACGUUCACACUUAACGUGGCGACACGGUACAUCCGUUUCUUUGGGGAGUUGUUUACGGUGAAGAUUGUUGAGCUAACGUGAAUGAGAAGCACCCGGACACGUGGGGGAAAGCUUUCCGCAAUUCGUUUCCUCGUUGGAAAAGAUCUCUGUAUUAGAAGCGCUUUCAAUUUAGGAUUAGUAAGAGAGUAAUUAAGGAGUUACUUGUCCGCUCGGGAAAGUCAGUAAAUGCGAAGACAUGUCUGGCGAAUCUACUUCAACGUUGAGAUUAUGUGAGCUUUUAAUUCUCAGUUUUACAUUAACGCUGUAAGAACUGUCCACGAUAGAGAUAAUGUCAGUUUAGAAUCCAUCCUUUUUUUUUCUUUUUUUUUUUUAAUCGAGGGCGAUUCGUUUCAUGACGUAGGACUCCGAGGAUGUGCAAGCAUACGCUUAUAGUUGAAGCAUUCACCGAUUUGAAAGAUUUUUAUUCAGAGAAUUUGAGGGCCUUGGAGUCGCGAGAGUAUACCUUUAGAUAUUUCAGCAUUUUUUGGAUUAGACUCGAAAUCGGACCUUGAAGGAAAGACUACCCCGAACGAUUUGCUCGAUAAAAAAAAUAUGCCGAGUUUAGAAGCAAUCGCUUUAUGGACGAGGUCGGAAAGAUCGGCGCAACUCCAGUCUGAAAUCUAACGUCAAAUUAUCGUUGGGAAAACGAAAGGCUAGUCUUAUCGAAAUCAAUACGUUUUAGAAACUUUGCUUUAUAAUUGAGACCUUACCAGUCUAACGCUUCGGUCGGUCGUACGCGUAAUUACUUUAAGAAUAAGAGGAGUACAUCAAUUACGGAGGGAGAGAGAGAUAUAAGAACAAAACAUGUCGGGGCUCUGAAAAGCCGACCCUUUACAUUAUCCGUGUGGCCUUUUUGAAAAGACUGCAGCUAAACGCGUCUGCAUCUUUGCCAUUUGUUCAAAGUACGGCAAAGGAAUGCAAGUCCAAUAAUUUAGAUUGUCGUGGUCUUUCGAAGUCUUUUCGUGGUACUCUGAAAUUUUUCGUCUAUUUAUAAUCGAACGUUUUUUAGAGCUUUUUAUCGCCCUGUGUAUUAAACAUUCUUAAGAUUUAUCCGGACGCGUGAAUGUACCGAACAUUUCUGAAGGGGAAAUAUCCGAUUUCUUUUCUGGAGAAUACUUUAAAUGUCCACCAUUUGCUUAACGAUGUUAGAGUAUCGAUUAGAGAUUCGCUAGGUAUCUAACUUACGAAUACCUUGAAAUGACAUAAAAUGUUUGUCAUCUAGAUAAAUAUUUACCGGAUAACUUCCGAAGACCUAGAUUUUGGAAUGUUCGGGUUAUUCGCAGUGCAAAAGCUAUCGUUCGUUUUAGGAGUAACGGGGUAUCCGUCGGGUUAUCACUGGAUUCAUUUUCUGUAGACCUCGUUAUUGGAUGUUGUUGCUUUUUGAAGAAGUCAGGCCUAAAUGCCAGACUGGUUUACAUGGAAAUCGACAUAGACAGGAGAGUUAUUAUUAUUGUUAUGGCAUGCAAUUGACAAGAUACAUGCAUCCGACGCGUGUCUAGUGACAUUGUAAAGAAUUGUAAAGAAAAAAAGAAUUUCAAUCGUCGUAGUAGUUUCAUAUUGAAGUUUGUUAUAAAAUAACAUAAUGUAGAAUUAAUCAGUUAGGAGAGUAGACACUUCCAUUGAGUAAUAGGAAUAUCUAUGUGCUUAUUGUAUUAUAUAGUUCUUAAAGUGUUCAGGCGAUGAUUUUAUCACCACUUAAUGCGGCAUAAUGUUGUAUGGAAAAAAAAAAAGAAUUUAAGAAAACUGUAUGAGAAUUAAUCGAUGGUGUUGUGUACAAGGUACCCGACACGAUCUUUAUCUGAUCCGGUUAUCCUUUUAUUGAAUAUUUUAUGAUGUUGAAGCUUCGUCGACACUUUCAUUUAAAAAAAAAAAAAAAACUGCACAGGUGUCGUUGGGUGUGCUCUGAUAAAUUUGACGUGUCGAUUACUUUAAAUCAUGCUUUCUGAAGAAUCUAUAGUUAUGACUUUAUGUGGACUUAGUUUACGGAAUAUCAUCACAAGAUGCAUCCCACUUAUAGCUAAUUGUAAUUAUUAUUCUAAACAAACUAAUAUUCCUUAUAUCUUAUACAUAUAUACAUAUACAUAUAUAUAUAUAUCUAAGAACACCCUAUCGAUGACAAUACAAAUGGGCAAUUAUAUUUUUUAAGCUGACAAAAUCCUUUAUAUCGUACACAUAUCGAAAAGUGAAGUAAACAAAAAAAAUAUAUAUUUUUUUAAUGACAUAUCUUAUUUUUACAAAGAUGUAAAUUUAUCAAAAACACCGAUGAGUUGUUUUUUGUACCAACGAAUAUCGCUUGUAAUUUCACGUAUCCUUCGUAAUACAAAAGUUCUUAAUUGUUUAAUUGCACAAUUUUACUCAAGAAAGCACGUCGAGACUAUUUGUUUCUUACUAUAACUUCUUUAAAACGAGAAUGUCAAUCGAAGGUUCAAGGGAUUCUUCGAGGAGAUAUAAUUGAAGCAAAGUAGAUUCAAGUUGGAUAUAUAGUGGGGCGUGCAAUAUAAUCAAUACGUUUUCUCAACCUUUCGUCACAAAAACACGGCGUUGAGUGAAAAGGACGUUGUCAUUUUAUAUUAAAAGUUCGAUUAAAAAGAAUUUAAGAUGUCAGUAGUCAAAAGAGAGGUCUUAUAAAACUAGGAUUUGAUAAAGAUCGAAGUCUCUGUUACCUUGUUUGACACAUCAGUCUAAUAAAAUGCUCUCACCCUUUGAGAAUGCGAUUCAGACGAACAGUUAUACCUGUCGUCCAGUACUUCUAUGUUCUAUUUUAUUUCACGAUUGUAAUUGUUAAGGAUGCACGUACUAUGUUGCAAAGAACAAUGUUAUAGUUAUACUGGAGGACUGAGGACUCUAGUCUCCGAUUCGAUGUACCACAAAUAUUUAUUUCCUACUUGAUUUUGUACUUGUGACUAUCAUAAACAAUAAUGCAAUUAAAA